UCAAAAAAUAUAUAUAUAUGCUAGAAUUUUUCAAUGAAUAAUUUUGUGAGAUAUGACGUCUUUUAGGAGAGAAAUUGACUGAUAGUUCUUGUUUACCAUGGAUUUUUUUACUAAGGGUAUCCAUGAUCCGUUUGAACAUCUUUCAGAAGUUUUUCUGUUUCUGGUCCAGUUCUGCAGGCUACUUGUGGUGGGGGAAUAGAACUGGGUUCAAGAAUGAAGCGGAUCUCAAAUCUAUUCCGUUUUUCAUACUUAGUAAUUCGUACACAUUCCAUUACUCUAACACCACCGACGUACACUUCCACGUGAUGAACAGUUUUUUGGUAAUAGGCGGCUUUUUCAAGUUACCUCACACAAAGGUACCCUGUCCUGAAAAUUUAAACUUCAAAGGGAAGAUUUUCCCUGAGCCUCACCGAUGUCAUAUUCACACCCGCAGUUAUUUGUAUUAUAAAGUCAUGAGUGGUUCAUUUGACGGCAUCUCUGUGAUGAUAAUGUUUUAUACUGAAUCGUCUAUGCAUCUUUUCUGUAUCCUGAACUAAACAUUUUUGUGUUUUCAUUUAUAUCUAAAGGCUAGGACCUUUCGAUAUGUGCAAUGAUAUGACUGUGUGUAUGAUGGAUAAGAAAAUUACUUCAAACGUACUUUAUAACCCCACAAUUGUAACCAUUAAACGGGAAACGGAUUCAUUACCGGCAGGUUUAUAUCUAUUGAAUAGUCUGUAAUGUAGAUUUCUAAACGACAUUCAUUGAUCCUAUUCACAGGGUUACACGCUAGGAAACUGCUGCCUGAGAGUACUUCCUCCGAAGACCUCUAUUUUUUUUAGAUUCACUUUCGACGAUGUUUAGCUGACCUGUAUUGUGGAGGCCAAAGACGGAUAAGUGUACUAGUCCAAAGGAAUAGGGGUCAUAACCUUUUGUCAAGAUAAUAGUCGUUUGAACUCACCAUUUAAGCUUUUUCAGUGCAUCUCUACAGACUUAAUAUUAUACGAGCGACAGUUUAUUAAAGACAUUUUUUUCUAAAUCUGCAUUUACCUUUACCAACUGCAUACUACGCUAUAAGGCAAGGCGUGCAUUACCCCUAUCUACGCAACGUCAUAAUUUGCUAUUAUAAGUAUUUUAACGGUUUUUAUUCUCCAAAGCUUGGUAGGUGUCAACUUUUUGGUUAUCCAGAAUGUGGUUAAAGCAGCUCAUGUAUUUGACGAUUCUACAGACCAUAUUUCCCACCCACUGCGUUUCUAUUUGAAUCCUUUUCUGCUCCUUUACUUUCAACACCAAGACGAUUGACAUGUAAACAACCCCAUGACUGUGUUCUUUCUUACUUCUGGCUAAGUACUGGACAUCUCGUCUAUCCUCAACAAUGCCACAACUAUCCCUUGGAAGGUUUCACCUAUAUAGGUAAAGUCAAUUUUUAUUCUCACAAACUACAAGGAUCGGUUUAUAAUGACCUCCCUCUACGUCUGUGAGCCACCUGAAGUAUUGUAACGUUUCAAUCCAAUCUGAAUCAAAUAGUACAUCCCGUGCCACAUUGUUGUUCUUGUGAAGGUAAGGUGUGACACUUUUUUUUCACUAUUUACGGUGCUCUAAAUUAAUUUGUCUUUUUGACCUUCGGUGUGCCGGGAAAUUAUUUGAGACCGCUUCAACGUUUUCGAACACCUUUUACGUUUAUGUAUGGAGCUGAUAGGUCACACCCAGAAUAAAAUCGCAAGUGUAAAUAAUUUUUGACUUUUAAAUACGUAAAAUUUUUUUUUUAUUGAAUCUUUUCGCACUACAUUUUUAGCGCCCACAUCCCAUAAGGACACAGUUCCAGCAGCAAUGAUAUUAAAUUAACAAACAAAAAAUCACAAAUACACUAGACAUAUUAGUUUUGCUUUUUGAUUUUCUACAACCCUUUCUCUUUUCAUUAUUUGAAUGCAUAUACAUAUUAUCCUCUACUUUAAUAAAGGCUUUAUUUUUUAAUUUCUGUAUAUUCCCAUGCACCUGAGCUCUUCUCUAUAAUAAAAAAUAGUAGAUUUUGCUUUCUUUAUAUAUAUGUAUAUAUAUAAAGGUUUACCUAUUAAUCAAUUUUAUUGUUAAAUUUUGUCAACAAUUUAUUUACUUUAGUGAUUUGCCGUUUUGUAUCCUACCAUAGAUUCUAUGUUUUGUGGGAUUUCUAAAACAGUUACGCUUGGAUUGACGCGUCAAGAAAGGCGCCUUUUAACAAUUGCAGAGGCUACGAAAGCCAAGAAUGGUUUAUCUCAGAGAUAUACUUACAAGGAAGCUACUCGCCAGCUGGCGCGCUUUGACUUGACGCGAAGGCGUCAUCGAUGUCGCCAACAUUGUACUACUGAAAUUGAUUUUCAAAAUCAACACCUUGUGUCUAUGGCAGUGUCAAAUAACUCAGCUAUGCCAAAGCCAUCUUGGAGAUUUCAAGAAAAUACUGGAACAGAAGCACCCAUGCGCUCCUAUAGCAGGUAUGAUCAGGGUAAACAGAACCAUUCUAACUUCGCUACACGUAUCUUUGGGACGAAGAUAUCAGCUACCUCUCGGCAAAACUAUGAUGAUGUUGAUCAGCGAGUUGGGAUUAGUCACAUCCAGAUUAGAUUUGACAAGUUAGUGCACGCUGCAUUGUUGCAGUGUGGCCCACCCCUCCCAGCUGAGUUUGUGGCCGAUAAUGAUGUUGUCACCGCAUCUUCGGUUUCGCCAAUGUCAGUUCGACGACAUGGUGACGUGUUCACGACGAGCACCGAUGGUUCUGAUGAGUGCUUAAAAUGUAGUAUGGACUUUGGUACGAACAGUGCUAAUCAUGUGAUGUAUGAUGAGGUUGGGCUCAAGCCCCAUGAAUUAAUGCGUAUUGUCCGGCUUUACCAGCCAUCUUUUAGCAUUCAAGAAGACUGCGACUACGUUCCCUUUUCUAUGCUUGUUAAGAACUGCCCAUACUUUCGGGCCUUUGGAGGCAAGAUACACUACAUGCGGUAUUUACAAAGGAGGUGUGACAACAGUUCCGCGAGUUUAGACGAUAGGGCAGUAGAAAAUAACAAUAACCCUUUAUUGGUUUCUAUUGGCAAGUACAAAAUGCGUGAAGUACCAUCACAGGAUGGUGUACGGCAGGGUCCGAAGCCUUGGUUGUAUCCAUACGAAUUUAAAUGA